GUUAUAGGUAGUAGAGAUGAGGUUGGGAGGUCAUAGAAUACAGUUAGAAUGAGUUGAAUAAAAACCUAGAAAAGUAGGGAAUUUUGGAAAGGACUGGCAUAAAGGUCUUUCUGGGAUGAGGAGUAGGUGUAACUCAAGAUAGAUUUUGAUUCAUGAGUCAUUGGGUAUGGGGGUUAAGAAGUUUCUAUUGUGACAAAAAGAAACAGAAGCUGGAGAUAGGCCACAAUAGUGCAGUGACAGAAUAAAGACCUGGUUGCUAGGGUCAGGGAAUGAACACUAGAAGCCUGGAGAAGGGGAGAUGGACCCUAGCUCCUGGUCCCCUUAGUCACCUUCCCUCUCCCCUAGGUCAUCUGAGAUGUCACCUUCCACUUAAACAUCAUCUCCCUGGUUUGAGACCUUAGCUCUGGUCUCUGGACUUCUGGUUGGUUUUGUAUUUCCUACCCAUUUGCACAGAGGACCACCACCUUCCCUUCCUGGAAUUUCUAAGGUUUUCUGCUUGCCACAUGCUGUAAUCACAAGCCCUACUAACUCAGCUGAGAUGGAAGUGUCCGCCCUCUCCAAAACUCUUAAACCUACUCCUGAUCUCAAUCAAGAGUCCUUGGGUCCUCGGAUUAUCAUUGUCUUAUUCGAAAUUGGAUCCCUUCCCCCUGUCUCCUGGGGUUCUCUCCCUUCCCUAAAUAGUAGUGGUCAUCAAGUAACUGAACAACAGACUGCACAAAAGUUUGAAAAUCUCUUAAAAGAAAUUAAAGACAUUAAAAGUGUCACAAGUUGUGGAGAGAAGAUCACAGAAACAAAAGAUUCUUUUGAGGAAACCAGUAUUUCUGAGGAUGUGUCAGAACUUAAAGAAAAAAUCAGAGAACUUGACAAGAUAAAUAAAGUGUUAUUGAAAAACUUGCUUGGUAGUUCAGACCUAGAGAAAGAACAGAAUGUAAAGAAACAGGAGAUGAUAUUGGAAAACCAGAAUUCCAAGGACAUGGUACAAACUUUUGGAAAGGAUUUGGUAAGUCAUUCAGAAGAAAACAGACCCCUUAAUGAAACUCAAUUAAGCAAGGAAAAAGCAAAUUACAGACACCAUCAUAUUCAAGAAGAAAACAUCAAACUUAGGAGCAACAUGGAGCAGUUACUACAGGAAGCUGAACACUGGAAUGUGCAACAUACUGAGCUUAGUGAACUAAUAAGAUCAUAUCAGAAAUCUCAGAAAGACAUACAAGAAACUCUUGAAAAUAAUGGAGUGCAUUUCCAAACUCAACCAAAUAACGAGGUGUCAGCUAAGCAUGAACUGGAGGAACAAGUGAAGAAACUGGAACAUGACACAUAUUCAUUGCAUUUGAUUGCAGCUUUGCUGGAAAAUGAAUGUCAAAUCUUACAGCAGAGAAUAGAGCUUCUCAAGGAACUCCAUCAUCAGAAAGAGGGAACUUGGCGAGAAAGUCUAAUUCAGAUAAAUUGUGAACAAGACAAGAAAAAACAGAAACUAUCAGAAACAGAGUAUAAGGAAAAAAUGCAAGGAAGAGAUGGUACAUCUCAGAAAAAACACAAAGUCUACAAAAGCCUGGAUGCUUGUAGUAAGAAAGCGCUUAAUAACCGCUUCAAUACCCAUAUUGCAAGAAGAGAUCUUGUGGGAAAAAAGAGGCCAUCCAGCAGCCUAACUUAGAAAAUACAAAAUUAGAAGAAAAGACAGUUCUUCAAAAACUGUAAUACAUCAACUCCAGGCAUAACCAAUCAGCACACCUAGGAUAGAUCUGUUGGUUCAACCAGGAGCAAGCUGUAGAACAAGAGGAUUAACACGUUAUUCAUUACCUUAGUACUUACAUGAGUUUGGUCUUUCGUGACCUUUAUUGUCAACAACAAGUUCAUAACCUGUCAUACAAUUUGCUUGUUUUGUUGUAGUUAUUAGAGAUUCUAUGCCCCGUUAACCAAGAAGGAGAAGUUAUCAAUCUAAUCUAAAUAAAAACAAGAAUGAGCAAUGAAAA